UAUAUUCGUACUGCGACCGAAUGUCAUUUAAUGUGAUUCUGUGUAUGAAAAUAGCGUAAAAUACCACACAAAAUGCCAAAAAAAUGCCUUAUAUGUAAAGUAGAACCAAGUCCAAUAUACGAACGUAGUUUUCACAUGUUUCCCAAAAAUGAAUCAUUAAAGCAGAAAUGGCUUGAUGCUAUAAAUGUUUUAAAAACUCCAAAUUUUAAAACUGCAUACAUAUGCAGUGAUCACUUUAAAGCAGAAUCAUUUUCUUAUUCUAACGAACUGAGACAAAGAAAGCGGCUAUGCAAAGAAGCUGUUCCUCAACAAAAAAAUAUAAAUUGGCUCAAUCUGCCUAGAGAAAAUGAAACAAAAGAGACUGCAACAAUUGAUAUUAAUUAUAGUAACAUAAGUGAUACAACAGAAAAUAUAAGUUCAGAGGCAAAUACAAAUGAAAAUGAAAUGUGUAAAAAUGAGGUCACAUUAACAAAUUCUCUUGAGUUUCAUGAAAGUAAUGCCUUUGAAGAUGCAAGUUCACAGUCACAUCUGAAUAAAGACGUUGAAAUAUGCAUGAAUAAAGUUUCCUCCAUCACAUCUCUCAACUCUCAAGAAAGUGAUAUGUCCAAAGAUAUUAAUUUACAAUUCAGUACUGAAGAGGUGACUGAAACGUAUAUUCAAGAACUACCUUUCAACACUUCCAAAACAUUGGAUGGUAGUACCUCAAGUAGUAAAUCGAACAGUAAGGAAAGGAAACGUUCAUUCAAUGACAUCAGAACAGUGAAAAGAGUGCGUUUUGUGAAUGGUUUUAAGACAGAAUAUGUAUGUCGAGAAGACUUUGUUAACGAAGAAGCUUGGAAUCGAUUUAUAAGAUACUCAGCUUAUCAAAGGUCUAGAAUUGCAGCUGCUCAUAAUAAAAACUCACGCAAAGACAAGAAAAUUAAAAAUUUGGCUCAUGUGAUAGCUACUUUGGAUAAAAGAGAAGAAUUUGAUGCUGCUGAAUAUAUAAAGGUUUUACCAUCACAUAUGAAAGAACUAAUAACACGUAUGAAAGAACGAAAAUCUACAGGACCUUUUCCUGAAAAACUGAAGACUUUCGCCCGUACUCUUCAUUUCUACUCUCCGGAUGCGUAUGAAUUUGUUAGGUGCAGUUUUCUAAAAUGUCUACCUUGUGUUCAAACGCUCAACAGUUGGAUAUAUGAAAAGGAGUACAAUCCAGGAAUAUCUGAAAAAACUAUCAAUAAUGUAUCUGAUAUUGUCAAGCAAGAGUCAGCAAAGGGUAAAAAACUCGUUUUUAAUCUUUUUAUGAAAUGAGCACUAAGCAGCAUAGAGAAUGGGAUGGCAAUACACAUAAGUGGAAGGGUAUUGUAGAUUUAGGUGGCCAGUUGAAUGAAUUGGAUACAGAUGGGAAGCA